ACUUACUUUGACAUCCCAAUACCCGCCCAAGGCAAGGUGACGCUGAACAGGUCCCUGGACUAUGACAGAGGUCAGAGGGCGAUGACAGUAGUCAUCAUGGCAAAGGCCACACAGCAAGACAACCCUGACAGAAAUGCACUCGCUGGGGUAAAAAUCAGAGUACAGGCUUCCAAUGUCAACCCUCCCAAGUUUCUUAAGGACACUUACUUUGCCACUCUGGUAGAGAACGUGCCCGUAGGCACUUCUGUGCUCACUGUGUCAGCAAAGGAUAUGGAUUUGGAUGGGUCUCAGCCUCAGGGUUCCUAUCUAAGAUACAGUCUUAGGCCUGGAAAAGGCUCUGACAAAUUUCAAAUAGGUGAACAAAAUGGUACAAUCAGGACGGCUGCUCAGAUUGACUAUGAAGAGGAUACCCAGAUAACAGCCACAGUACUAGUCACUGACGGCAACUAUACCGAUACAACACUGUUAAUGGUGACAGUGAUUAACGUCAACGACAACAACCCCCAGGUUUCCUCAGACAGCUACCACUUCAAUGCCACGUCAAGGUCACACGGGGCCGUGCUGGGGAAACUUAAUGCCACUGAUGCCGACCCCAUGACUAGUUUUGUGUUUGAGAUGGGGAAGUAUCAGGAACUAUUUCAAAUCGACUCCAGAGGUUGGAUCACCAUACUGGCCCAUGGGGAAAACAUCACCCAGAAUUCCUACACUUUCUCCGUCAAAAUUUUCGAUGAUGGUAUUCCGCCAAGACAAGCCAUAACAGAGGUCACACUCCAGUUCCCGCCAUUACCCACAAUGCCCGCGCCUGCUGAAGUGAAAGGAAUGGCAGAGGGCGAUUAUGUCCUGAUUUACAUACUUGGUGCCUUGGUGGGAAUACUGCUCAUUGUACUUAUAGUGCUUUUGGUAUACAUAAAGAAAAGAAAAAGUCUAAAUCCAGAGAAACAAUCCAACCACGUGAACACAUCAAAAGCAGUCAGAAACUAUGCACCAUCUUUGUCUCCAGCCGAGUCUGUGAACUCUGACCUCCAUAUUGACCUGGACGCCAUGACAACCACCAUGGAAAAUCCACUGGCUUUAGAGAAUCCAGCGUUCAGUUUUCAAUAUGGCACAGAAUCCACAGACGAAGUUGAUACCACAAUACGGGGUGUGGGUGAAAUUGAAAUUGGUACAGCUGUCGCUCCAUAUCAUGAGAACGCAGACAGCGAUAACGAUAGUGACAGUGAAAUGAAACCAAAGACUCCGAACGGAGAUAUAUCAUCCCAUAAUUCCAUAGUGUCCCAGAAUUCCAUAGGAAAUGGAAGCAUCCAUAGCUCGGGGCCUGAAAGUUUGCCAAAUGGUAUCCAUAAGGGAAGCACACAGAUGCUGGUGCAGCAGGAAAAAGCCAACAAGACCAAGAAGGUGAAAAAGCUCUCCUGGGGAAAGACACGUCACAUGGAUUCACAAACAGAGAUCCCAUUGGACCCAGAUGUCAGUGUGACCCCAUAUGACAGCAGCUCAGACUCUCUGCCACAGAACACCAUGCAGGAGACAGCAGAUGGCAAGAAACCGAGUAUAACAAUAUACUUUUAAGGGAGAGCUGCAAUGGCAUGUCAGUGGAAAAUAGGGAGAAAUUUU